CCCGAGCGCCCGCCUCUUUCCCCUGCUCGGAUUGUUUUGGAAGCUGGAUUGACAUAGCAUGCUAGGUAGCUAGUAAAACAGUUAGCUUCUCAAACCUCUCUCUUAAGUUAUCACAGCCGCUGACACUUGCAUAAAAUGUCCAACCUAGAGGACGGCCACAGGAAGGAUCUCAGGUCAAAGCGGUGAGUGUGGCGACUCGACUGACAGGCACCUGUUUGGGAAAGGAUGCCCGAGAUGACGGAAACCGAGACAACUGGUCGAAAACCCAAAAAGAAGAAAAACAAAGAAUCCCACAAUGCUGUCGAGAGGCACCGCAAAGAGAAGAUAAACGCAGGGAUCAACCGCAUUGGCAAUCUGCUGCCCUGUUCACAAGCACUUAAACAGAGUAAGAACAUGAUCCUGGACCAGGCCUUUCGCUACAUCACCGAGCUGAAAAAACAAAAUGAUGCAAUGCUCCUGGAAGGCGGUGAUAAAGUCCAAGCGGAGGAGAUCCGACGACUACGGCGUCAUUGCGAGGAUCUUCGCAAGGAGAGCGCCCACUACAUCGAGCUUCUCAAAGCCCACGACAUCAAUCUCCUGGAAGACCCCACGGUCCACUGGAAGGGCAAACAGCGCUGUGCCACAGUGGCCAAAGUCACGCCCACUCAUCAGCUGCCCAAGGGCAUAAUCGUCUAUUCCAACGGCAACGUGAAGCGCCCCGCGGGAAAAGAGACGAGCCCCGGGAAGCAGCCCUCGGACACCUUAAUGCUUCAGCCCCCAUCGGAGGUGAGCGCAGGUGCGAGGGGAAACGGAGCCUUGCUCCAAGUGACUUCUUCCGCUCCCUUGCUUAACUCCGGUUCGAGCCUCGUCACGGUAGAGCAGCGUGCGAUCGAGAAGCCGCCGCCACCGCCUUCCGUGUCCUACAUCACCCUCCAGCUACCGGCCGGGAAGAACACCGGCUUGCCACCUGCCACCGGCGCCCUGACCAACGUAGCUCCGAGUUCAGCCUCUCAGCUUCCGCCGGCCGUCUCCUGCCUGGCCACAAUAAAUCAGAGUGCAAAGGACGCCGCCCUCAGGACCGUAAGUUACACUGCCCUCCCCAACAGUCAAGGCCUUCUCAGAACCGGGGCGGCGGGGAGCACGCAAACCACGUGGACGACGCUGCAAAUGGCAGGCAACACGGUGCAGCCCGUUUGCCAGAGUCUCGGCAGCACCGGCCACCAGGUGACAGUGUGUCCUCCCGUUCAGCCCAUUCAAAUCCAGAUGCAGCCGCCUCCUGUGCCUGUACAACAGGCCCCCAUCAGCGCACAGUUGCAGGCCAGGCCGCCCCAGCUGCGACCCGCCGUCCCGCUCCUCGCCCCGCAGCCCCAAUGCGCCGUGCUCCCGCAGCCGGCCGCGGCGUCCCAAGCCCAGUCGGCCGUCCUCCAGCCGCCAUCUCUCCUUCCUCAGCCCCCGGCGACGCUUCUCCCUCAAACUCCACAGCAGGCCACCGUGCUGCCCCUGACCCUUCAGACCAUGCAGGUACUGCAGGUCAAGCCGAGCGGCGCGGCGGCCACGGCGCCGCAGAGCGCCAGCAACCCCAGCGUGGUCAUUCUGCAGCAGGCCAACUCCUGCCCGAGUCAGCCGGUCAUGAGAGAAGAAGCGAGCAACCCGACACCCUGUCAACAUAUCGUCAUCAUCCAAGCUCCCAAUCAAGCCGCGCCGGCCCCUCAGAAUCCCAAGGUCGGCUUGGUGCCCUCCACAGCCGCCGCCGCCGCCGCUUCCAUAACGGCGAGUCAAACAGCCAACGCUUCAACGGCCACGUUGCAGAGUGUGGGCGGGAAGCAGCUGGUGCCCAUUCUCCCACGUCCGACUCAGCCUCCAGCGAGCAAUUCAUCGCAGAUGAGCCAGGCGUCUGCCGGCGCCCACACCAGCCCGCAAACCAUCACUGUGAACGGGCAGCUUUUUGCCUUAAAGCCCGUGAAGACUUUGGACAAAAACGCUUCCCAACGUACAAUCCAACUCGUCCAGCCUACCACCACGGAGGAACCCACCACCAACGUGGCUCUCAAGAGUCUCGGGGCCCUCAGUAGUCUGAACCAGAGCAUCUCUCAGGGCCUUCCGCUUAGCAUUUCUAGCCAGAGCGCCAACGACGGCCCGCCUCCGGCUGCGCCGUCCGCCGUGGUCCAGCCCAAACCUGCUCCCGGGACAGUCCCCGGAGCCACGGUGGUCCCGCCCGUCCGGUCAUUCCAGGCUCCCGAGCCGAGUCGGGUUACAUCCGGACGACCGGCGAGCGACGGGCCCAAUCCUGCCGGGAAGAGGCAGCGGACGACGCCUCGAGCUAAACGCUCAACGGCCAAAAGGACCAAAGCGUCAAAGAAAAGUCAGCCCGGCCAGGCGAGCGCAUCUCAGGCCUCGGACAUUCCUCCCGUAGCCGCCACGACGGCAACCGCCCAAAGCACACCGAGUGUCAUUUCCCCAAAAAGCCCGCCGAAAAUCGUUCUUCCAUCCGGCGGCGCCGCCAGCGUAUCGCGUCAGUCCCGGCCGCAAAGUCUUAGCGCAAAUCCCGAUGAUGUUGUUGUCAGUAAAGCUACCACAAGUGUUGCGCCGAGCGCAGUUGCGAGCGUCAGCGCCACAUCGGUCACGCCGAGCCGAGCCGAGCCCACUAAUGACAACGCCACCGCCGCUUCAAACGGAGGCUCGGCGCCGAGCGAGACUGCAGGAUCCCAAGCGACGGUGCAAAGUAACGUCGCUCUCCUCUCGGCGCCGAGCGAGACUGCAGGAUCCCAAGCGACGGUGCAAAGUAACGUCGCUCUCCUCCCGGCGCCGUCUGAAGCGAGCACGAGCGUUGUCACGACUAUGAGCGCUGGCCCUGGCGCCGUGAAUGGCGGCGCCGUGAAUGGUGGCGCAGUGAACGGCGCCACCGCUCCUUGCGCCGCAUGUCCUACUUCAAUAAUUGCCACGACUACACAAUCAGUGUCUUGUCCCCAACGACCUACCGACAUCAAAUCAGUGCCUUGUAGUAAAGAGUCCGCCGCUUCAUCCACAACUCCGCCGUCGUCGGUUAGCGCAACGCCUGACACGACGGUGCCGACCCAAGUCAAAGUUCCUCAGCCGGCGGCCAAGAACCGCCAGGCCCAGGAAGAAAGACCCGCUGCAAGUUUAGCACCAUCCACACCUGAUACGACACCCAAGAAAGACCUUGUGGCAUCUCAAGGGCUUUACACUAACCUUGAUGACCAAACUGUAGAGCCUCCCGUGACGGACGCUUCCAUGUCCACGGUCGCAGGGGCAGGCCGGGGCUUCUCCGUGGCCUCCAUGCUCCCUCAAGGUCAGGGUCAGGGCAUGAGUGCCUCUUCCGGCUCCUUUGGAACAUUUACGUUCACGUCCGAACAGGCCGAGAUGCUGGCUUUGGCCAUGUUCGAACAAGACAGCCCAGGGAGGAGGGCCGGGAGCUGCGGCAGGAACGAGGCGCCCCCAGCCCCGUGGCAAGCGCCCAAAGCUCCCGCUAGUAAAGAAAAAGCUCCCGCCGCUGUGCAGCAGGUGGAAGUCAGCAAACCUGCAGAUGCAGCCAAGCCUCCAGUUCAGGUGUCUGUCAGAGGACAGGUUGGCAACGGGUCCGUCGGUGGGAUCAGGCAUCCGCAGAACCCGUCUCAUCUCAUCCCAUACACCCAGUCUCAGGGCCAGACUCAGAGCUCAGCCCAAAGUGGCAGCGUCGCCAGCCUGAGCAUCAACAACCUGAUCAGGCCCAGCUCCUCUCAGCAAUCCUACUCGGGCUCUCCCAGUCUGCCGAGCCAGCAGUGCCCGGUGCCCUCGCCGGCCGCCGCCGGCGCCACCGCCGCCUCGGUCCACAUUUCCCAACAGUCCAACAACGCGCUCUCGCCUUGCUCCGGCGCCGCUCAGCUGAAUGAGUACGCCCCCAUGAAAACAGCUUUGAUGAGGGCUCAGGCGGAGCGACAAGUCAAGAUUCUCUCCAAGCGCCAAGCUCAGGAGGAGGCGAUGCUCAACACAGGCAAACGAGCAAAGCCGUGCCCGCCGCCGCCGCCGCCGCCCACUGUGGGCCACAUGGACGUGAAAGGAGCGGACCACGGCCAGAUGAUGGGAGGACAACUGCCUCCCUCAUCCUCGGCUAUGGCGAGGAUUAACACGGAAGGCUCGCUCUUCUCCACAAACUCAUUCAUGAGCCCCGUAGUCCGAGCCACGGACGCCCACCGCCCCGGUGAGCAGAACCAGCAGGGCUUGCUCCAUCCGCAACAUUCUGCAACCCAGCCGGGCCAGCACCUGGGAGCCAAUCAUUACAUGAAGCAGCAGCAGCAGCAGCACCACCACCUGUACCAUCUGCAACACCAUCUGACCCAGGCGGACCCUGUGCAGCGCCACUCGCUACACCAGAGGGCGCUCCAGCAAGAGCAACAUGCGCAGAAGAAGAGGGGGCUGGUCCGAGGCAGCCAGACCGGCUCGCCCGCUGCCGCCAUGCAACAGAAGCAGCAGCACCAGCAGCAGCACCACCUGGAAAAGUCCACAGUCCAACAGCAGCAUCCGCAUCAGCAGCACGCGCCGCAACCACAGCAGGCCCACCAACAGCAGCAGCAGCAGCAGCAGCAGCAGCAGUCCACGCAGCACCAACAGUCGCAUCCGCAACAGCACCAAGUGCCCUCGCAUCAAACUCAGCAGCAGCAGCAGCACCAACAACACCAACAACACCAUCAACAGCUGCAGCAACAGCAGCAGCAGCAGCAGCAACAGAACUCCCACAGCAGGCACCAGCAGCACUUGCAACAACACAUGCAGCAACAACAGCACUUUAGACACCAGGACAAGAGCUGCGAGGCGCAGGCAGCCGGAGCCCGAGCCCACCACACCAACCACCUGGCCAAGCCUGCUCAAGACCACGCUGCCAUGCAGAGGAUGAUGACUUCAAGGAAUCUGGAGCAGCAGCAGCAGCAACAACAGCAGCAGCAGCUCAUUCCGUCGCCCGGCAACCCGGCGUCACGUUCGUCUGAGCUGUCGUGCGCGCCAUCCCGCCAGGAGCGCCAUCGUGUCUCUAACUACUCCGCCGAGGCGCUCAUCGGCAAAAGCUCGACGAGCGCCGAGCAGCAGCAGCGCCUGGCGCACCACCUCCAGCCAGUCCGCGGCAGCACCGUACCCGAUCAGGCCAACCUGCGCGGCGGCUACAUGGACGCGUCGGGACGAGGUAAAGGCAACGUGCCGCACAACCCGCAGGGCCGACUCCCCUCGGACCACCCGGGCCCGGCUGACGUUCAGCGCGUGUCGGAGUGCCCGCCGUUCAAAAGCAUGCCGCCUGGACCGGGUGCGCAUCAGCUGGCCGGUUUUGAGGCUCAGGUGUCUCGGGGCGGCAGCGACAUGGCCCCCAAGUCGCAGAGGGCUCAGCAGCAGCAGCAGCAGCAGCAGCAGCAGGGAAGCUUCCGAAUGGGCACGGCCCCCUUGGCAGACGGCAGGAACCGCGGCGCGAGCGGCUAUGCGGGUGUCCAUAUCGGGCAGCAGGGCUCUCACGUGGGACCGGCGCUGCUGCGCGAGCAGGAAGCUUGUCAUCAGAGUUUCAUGCAGAGCCUCCUUUCACCUGAGGGGAACCACCAGAGGACGGUGCAGUGCUGCCCACCAGCGGUCAGCAUGGAGUACCCCUCCACAGACAUCCAGGCCAAAGUCUCCAGUCCCAGCCAGAAACCCUCCGCCAUGAACAAGAGCCACAUUUCUCAGGUCAACACUAAUAUGCACGGCGGCGGCGGCAGCGUGCGGGUGGCCCACCCCCCUGAGCCGGGCCGCACGCCGGUGGCAUCGAGACCGCCCGUCAGUCAGCACUCGCGCCACGCGCCGCCCGCCAAGCUGCGCGCGGGCGAGCGCCCCCGUUCGGGAACGCUGCGGUCCUCCAACCCCUUUGAGCCCGAGGGCCACCUGCCCCUGCCUUCCGGAGGCGGCGUGCUUCUGGGCCGGCCGCAGUCGGGCGGCGAGGCGCGGCGCAGCACCAUCGUCCGCUUCAUGGCGGAUGGCGCCCAAACGUCUGGCGACAACAACCUGGUGACCGAGCAGCACCUGGCGCAGAACUUUGGCUUCCCGUUCAUCCCCGAGGGUGGCAUGAACCCGGCCAUCAACACCAACUCCACCUUCAUCCCGCCAGUCAGUCAGCCCAACAGCUCGCGCACGCCCUCCCUGCUGCCCGUGGAGCCAGCCAACACCUUACCCUCCUUCUACCCGUCCUACUCGCCGGCCGCCCACCCCAGCCUGCCGGGCGACGUCACCCUGCAGUACUUCUCCAACCAGAUGUUCAGCAGCCCCGGAGCCGACAAGCCCAGCGCCCCGCCUGGGCUCAACAACCGCUUCGGCUCCAUCCUAUCGCCGCCGCGCGCCGUCGGCUUCGCCCAGGCCAGCUUCCCGCUGCUGCCCGACAUGCCGCCCAUGCCCAUCGCCAACUCGUCGGGCAUCACGCCGCACAUCUCCAACUUCAGCCUCACGUCGCUCUUCCCGGAGAUCACCGCCGGCAUGGCCGCCGACGGCUCGGCCAUGCCCAUGUCGCCGCUGCUGUCGCUCAGCAACGCGUCUGCCGCCGAUCCGAGCAAGCAACACAACAGGCCGGCGCACAACAUCAGUCACAUCCUCGGGCACGACGGCAGCUCGGCCGUGUGACCGGCAAAAGGACGACAGGCGACGUGCCUUGCGAGCGGCCGCUUUUGUUUUCUUUCCAUGGCGUUUGUUUACGUGACUGUUUUGAUUGCAUUUGUUUCCGCGACUCUUUCAAUGGCAUUUGUCACGAAUGAUCGUUUCAAAGCUUUUUUUUCUCACAGGGGUGCUUCAAGCUUUAUGGGCAACGUUACUGGCCUCAUUCCAGUGUAGAUUUGUAAUGACAACUCUUUGCUUUUCCAUUUGUUGUCAAAGAAGAAACCUGCAGCGUUAAUGUAUUUGACUAACUUAUAUCAGGUUGUUCCAUACAGUAUCAAGACUGUUUUGUAAAUACACACGUUUCAUAUCAGAUGGUUAGAUUAUGUAUUUGUAAAUAAAAAAAGAGGAAUUAAUAAAGUUUAUAAGGAAAUACAAACCCCAUUGGUGUGCUUUAACUCAUU